UUCGACUUCUUCUCUCUCUUCCCCCUCCUCCUUUAUAAGAAGCAGAGCUCUUCAACGUACCCUUCAAGAAGCACCUAGGAGAGACAAAGCCAGACCUUGUCAAUGAGGCAGCAAGUGGUCAAACUCUUCAAGGAAUUGCGAGAGAUCUUGGACAAAUUCUCAACGCUGUUAAUGGCUUUACUUGCGGCCUGGAACACAACUGACACAGGAGCGAAAGCGAACCCUUCGUUCAAAAGCCAGCACGAUAAACUCAAGAUAUGUCUGGUCUUGAUCAUUGUUCUUUACUAUCUAAUGCUGGUGAUCGGAACAAUUCUUGUUCGGCCACCUCCUCACAGCACUCGCCUUCUUCCCAUCCUGACCUCCAUCGCAGUUCUGCUCGUAAGUUCGGCUUCAGUUUUAGGUUUGGCUGUCAUUUAAAAUCCCCCCAUUUCCUUCAUCACCGUGGGCUUGUGGCUUUUUAUGAUGAUAUUCGCAUUGAUGGCGUCAAGUUAGUUGUUAUCACCAAGAGAUGUUUCCUUUGAUUUACUUUGCAUUAAUUGAAAAGGUCGAGAAUUGGGUUGAGUCAGCUCGGAGGAGCAUGUUCUUCGGCUAGCAGGCUCAUCCAAGUUAUUAUAAUUGUUGUUGUUGUUGUUCAUUAACUCUGCGUCGUGUUUGCUUGAGCUUUUCCUUGUCCCUGAACUAGUAUUACUUGAUUGGUGGGAAUUAUCACUGGCUUAUAUACAUUUU